AGAUAUAGAGACACGAUGACUUCAAAGAUAAUAGAUUUUUAAAAGAAUAAUCAGAAAACAAAAAUAGCCAUUAUUCAAGUUAUGCAAUGAUAAGAAAUUAUGCUAAGUUAAAAACAUGCAGUUAUAACAUCAAGCAUAUCAAAGAUCAGCAGUUUUCUGAGCUGGAUGAUGUCUACAGCAAAAUAUUGUUCUGGAACACAUAAUAUACUUUUCAAGGUAAUGGAUGGGGAAACUACUGGAGAAAUGCUGUUUCAUGGUUCUUAUAAUCACAUUGUGUACCGAGCUGCUUACAUUGCCUACCCUGGUAUUGUACUGGCGUGGAAUGAGGCAGUCUUUUGACCCCAACACAGCAACAGCAACAGCUUUGCUUCAAAAUGGACAAAUUUAUCAAAGCAAAGAAAAUGAAUAGUUGUCCUGUUGGAAUGUUGAAGAAAAUUGAAAAGAUGACAGAACUAUGUUGUGGGAAUGCUGAUGUUGUCUUACACAGUUUGGUUACUAAGAGUGUUUCUGAAAAGUUCAAUGAGAACGCCAACCCAGAGACACCUACACUGGACCUGAGCGGUUUUAAUUGUGAGGCCGUAAAAUCAAAUACAACGACUCUUCAUCUUUUAGGGAUUGCACCUGAUACAAAACCUGUACCUACUGGAACAUCAGCAAAGAUAUUCUGGAAUACACCGGUCGUCUCAGUUAUGAAGCCAGGAUUCAAAUAUUUGGUCAAUGAUGGUACAAUUUAUUUAGAAAGGUCGGGAUUUUACUUUGUCACUUCACAAGUAAAAAUGAUGUUUGGAAACAUGAAUAGUACCGUUGAUGCUGUUGACGACAUAUUCGGACACUAUGUGAAUUUGAUAUCGAAUAGAGGAGUUGGUUACACGCUUGUUGGAAACGCAAAAUCAAGAUGUAAAACUAUUCAAGAAGAGUCAGAAUUUACAAGUAUUGUCGGGGCUGUAUUUAAACUACAAAAAGGAGAUCGGAUAUAUGCUGCCAUAUCCCAGCCUCAGCAUCUGGCACACGAUCAAAGCAAGAGUUUCUUUAGCAUUUACAGUAUUUCAUUACAUACUUCUGGUUGAAAUUAUGCAAAGCAAAUGAACUGCUGUGUUGGAAAGAAAACACAAUUUUGCACAACUGUUCCGAGAGAACGUUAAAAUAGCAUCUGUUUACAAGUGCAUUUAACUGAGUUUAAGUUGUCAGUGACCUUUCAAUCAAAGGUUAUACAAAUACAAAUACUAUAUUUGAAUGAGGUGAAAUGCUACUAAAUGAAUAAUUUUAAUAUUAUGGUAAUCAUAAUUGCUAUUUUGACGGUACAGAUUUUAACAACGUUAACACUUCUUACCGCAAACAUUUACAGUAUAAUUAAGAAAUAAUUACUUCCCAAACGUGGUUUAUCUCAGAAUAACCCGAGUUUUGAGUUCUCAUGCAUAAGAAUAUAUUACAAAGGCCGUAGGCCUGAGUGAUAUAUUGUUUUGCAUAAGAACGAAAAACUCGGGUUAUUCUACGAUAAAUCAAACUUGGAAAAUUAUUAUUUCCAUUCUAACACGACAUACUAGUAUCAACAGUGUUAGAAAUGACUGUAACACUUUUUUACGAACGUGCGAGUGGUUUAUUGCAGAAUAACCCGAGAUAGAAUUUGCUCUACAUGUAUGUAGGUUAUUUGCUGGUCAUGUUAGAAUGUUCUAUAAUAAGUAUGAUUUCAAAUGGUAAUAUCAAAAAUAACAAUACACAUUUCCUACCGAAAUAAAUUGUUCUUUUUUUUUCAAACGAUCUUUUGAAUAUGAUUUUUACAUAAUUUGAAAGAAUUUGUGCCUAGAUUGUUUUAAUCACAUCAUGUUUAAACAAACAAAGAACACUGUGGAGAAUGCUUUAAAUAUUAUCAUUCUGUCAUUGUUUUUACGUAAAGAACCAUUUUCUAAUUUUAGAUUUACUACAGUCAG